GCGGCCAUCAUGUUAGACGUAUUUUAUUCAUAGCACUAUUUGGAGCUAUUUUUGUUUAUUUGUUUACGUGUAUGUUUUAAUAGUGAAGUGUGAUUUAUAAUAAGUGUUUGUGUGUACUUAAUAUAGGAUUGUUAACUUGAAUUAAAGAGAUGCUAAGGACCAGACGGUGAUGCGAGAUGACGGCAUGGCUGUUCCUGUUCAUCGCGGCGGCGGCGGCGGCGGCGGCGGCGGCGGCCGACCACCAGAUGAGCCUCUUCGAUUUGGCAAGUAACUACUGGGGCGGGCCGGAGCGAGGCUGCGUCGCCGAAGAGGGCGCGGGACAACUGAUCCUCAGCUGCACCCUGCCCAGCGGCAACUUGACGCUGUACGUGGAUAGAGCGGCUACUAUAUUGAAGAUCGUCUGCGAAAAGAACAGCACGCUCGUUUGCGACGAGAUCCAAGAAGCGAAGCAAUACGUAGACAAGUACAUCGUAAGGGACGCGAGCAGGCAGCUCAGCUUCAUGAGCAUAGAGACCUGUGGCCUCUCCUCCGAGAGUCUCGCGUGCCCUCUCAGCGUGGUCGGCGCCGCUGGAACGUCGCUGAUGAAACUCCAAGAAGUCGGGGCGGAGCUAGAACCUCUCCACGUGCAGGGCUUGAAUACGACGAAGUUUAGAAUGUAUGACGUCGAUGAAAACAUAACAGAAGUCCCGUACAAGGCCUUGUCACUUCUACCGGCGCUUAAGAGUUUCUCCAUGAAGGGGGGGUCACUCGUGCUGAAACCGGAACAGGAAGAAUAUGUACUACCAGAGCUGGUGACGUUGGAACUGGCCGAUGGGAAUCUGAAGUCGUUGCCGAAGGGAGCGUUUAAAAACACUCCGCGCGUGCAAUCGCUGCUGCUCUGGGGGAACCGGAUCGCGUCCGUCGACGUCGAUGCGUUUGAAGGUCUCGCGCAUCUGGUGAAUCUCAGUUUGAACGUGAAUCUCAUAUCCCACCUGCCGGGGGGGCUGUUCCGGUACUCGCCGCACGUCGGACGAGUCGACUUGUAUGUGAACAGGUUGCUCCGCCUGUCGGAGGAUGUGUUCAGCGGCUUGAAGGAAUUGAAAGAGAUUUUAAUAUUCGACAACAAGGAAACAUUGGAACUGGACGACCGGAGCUUGUCCAACCUGCCCUCCCUCUAUAACCUGAAACUCGAGAAGAGUUCCAUAGCGGCGCUGCCCGCCGACUUGUUCGCGAACACGACGAACCUGAAGACGCUGUCGUUGAAGGGAAAUAAAAUCAAAGCAUUGCCAAGCGGUAUAUUCUCGGAGCAAAAGUUGCGUGUGUUGAAUUUAAGUAACAAUUCGAUCAGCGAGCUUCCGGCGGACGUUUUUGUCGAGCAAGAUUCGUUGGUGAAGUUGGAGCUGCAGCGGAAUGGCUUGGAGAGCCUGCCCGACGGUCUCUUCGCUGACCUCAAAAGCUUGAAAGAGCUCGAUCUCAGCGAUAAUUCGGUCAAGAAGUUGUCCAACUUCGUGUUCAACGGGCUGAGCAGCCUGACGGAGCUGUCUCUGGCCGGAAAUCGAAUCGAGUACUUAAGCCAAGCUGUGUUUGAAUUCACACCCAAUUUAGAGUCGCUGUCGUUCGCUCGCAACAAUAUGACGAUAUCGAAACAGGUGAACAGCAUCGCGUACUACUCGCAGCCCUCGUACGCGCUGGACGACCUGGAGCCCUCCCCCCACAUCGCGGUGCACUCGUCCCCCUUCCACCGGCUCACGCAGCUGCGGCGCCUGGACCUGAGCCGCAACCGCGUGUCGCUCGUGUGCGAGGACUGGACGCGGAUGUUCCACUUGACGGACCUCGAUCUGUCCUAUAACAACUUUACUACGUUGACGGACGUGGACAUGGACUUCCCGACAAACGUGACCGUAGACUUCCGACACAACAACAUAGAACAGUUCCGGCCGAACGUCAACACGCCGAACUCGGACGUGCCCACGUUCAUGAUGGACUACAACCCGUACCGCUGCGACUGCGAGCUGUAUCACUUCAUAAGCAACUACAAGAGCGGACGCAGAAUGGCGACCAUAAAGAUCAGCAAGUCACAGUGCUCGCGACCCACCGCGCUGAGGGGGGUCAGGUUGAUGGAUUUGAAGGCGGAAGACUUAACGUGCGAAGUGAACUGCUCCACCGGCGAUCUCAUAACGGGAGCUAACCGACCCGCUAACUCGAGCGACUGCGACUCGUGCACGAUACGCCCGGACAAGUCUCGCAUCGAAAUGUCCUGCAGCAGCAUCCCGGAGGACUACCCCCCCCUCCCUCACGGGGUCCACUCUACGUACAUAAAACUGAAACGCGCAGUAGACAUAUCGGAUCUACCGCAACGCGUGACGCUCGUCGACCUGUCGUCGUUGAACCUCACUCGGCCGCCGACGGCGACGUCGGUCGCGCUGAAUCUGACCGACAACGCGCUGACUGCGGCCCCGAUCGACUUGUUCGAACGCAACUGCACCCUGUACCUCAGGAGCAAUCCCUUCGACUGCUCCUGCGAGGCGAGGAGCGACGUCGUCGCACUGAACGCGUACAGGACACGCAUCGCCGACUACGAGGACGUGACUUGCUCGAGCGGGGUGCUCGUGGCGAACGUCGCCGUCGGCCAGCUGUGCGCCGCGAGGGACGCGGCCGUCCUCGGCGCCGCGCUGGCGGCCCUGGGCCUCGUGCUGGCCGUCUGCACCGCGAUCGCCUACAGGUACUCGACGGAGAUCCGGAUCCUGCUCCGCAAGUACGGGCUGUACUGGGCGAGGGAGACCGACGGCGAGCCGUACGACGCGUUCGUCUCGUUCGCGCACCAGGACGAGGAGUUCGUCAUGAAGCGCCUGCUGCCGAACCUGGAGAGCGGGCGGGCGGCGCUGCGCCUGUGCGUGCACUACCGCGACUGGGUGGUGGGCGACUGGAUCCCGGCGCAGAUCGCGCGCUCGGUGGAGCAGUCGCGCUACACCAUCAUCGUGCUGUCGCGGCACUUCGCCGCCUCCCCCUGGGCGCGCAUGGAGUUCCGCGCGGCGCACGGGCGGCAGCGCGUGCUGGUGCUGCUGCUGGCCGACGCCGAGGCCGACGCCGGCGCCGACCCGGCCGCGCUGGCCGACGGGCUCGACCCGGAGCUGCGCGCCUACGUGGCCAUGAACACGUACGUGCGCGCCGACGACCCGCUCGUGUGGGACCGCCUGAAGGACGCCGUGUGCAGGAGCCGGAGGCGGGUCGGCGACGGCGCCGCCCGGUGCGAGCCGGCCGAGCCGGCCAAGCCGCCCGGGGCGCUCCACGUGCAGCUCGAGAACGGAAAAUUGGUCAACAGAGCGCCCGCCGUCUGACCGAACUGGAGAUCGAUGUUCGUUCGUUCUGUUCAAAUGUGCCUUCGAAUUACCUCUAGCGGGUAAUUCCUUUAAUGAUAAGCAAUAAUAAUGAUCUGUUUUAAUCGAUAUUAUAUUGAUGUGAAGCUUUAAUGACGUCUCGAAGUAACGAAUGCUCAGCUGUAGGAUUUAUAUUCAAUAAUAAAACGUUACUACUCGGACAGCUGGAAGCGAUCGAAUGCGAUCGCUCUGAUAGUCAGUAAGUUUCUAACUUUGUACGAGAUUGUGUUUAGUAGCUGCUAUGUUAUUUAAUGUAUACGAAGGUAGAUGGGGAACCCUCGCCCUUAUACUUUGUUCCGAUGGCAGGAGGAGUUCACAUAAACGAACCUUCGAUUUAAGUUUUCAUACGAUUGUGCUAAUAAUAUUUUGCUAAUUACUACACCGGGACCAGUUCUUGAUUAAUCGAUUAAUUCAAAACACAAUUUUCAUACGAAUCCAUAAUGAAUACCAUGGGCUAUAUACUAGUCCUGCCAUUGGAAUGAACCCGGGAUGUUAUGGUGCUACGAUAAAAAAUAUAUUUAUAAUGACUUUGUUUUUGCAUCGUGUUAUACUUAAAGAAGAGUAGCUAAUUGUAUUUACUAAACAAUAUAAACUUAACCUAUCCGUAACAAUCGGAUAAUCCGAAAUCACA